AUGACUAAGCCCAGGUUCCGCAGCACCUCCGCGGUCGCGACUUGCCCAACUUUUGCCUACCAAGCCCAACACCAACCCAGUCGCACAUCUCCAAACAACCGACCGAACUCCGUACAUAUCGCGAUCAUGGCUGACAAACUGCGCGCGCAGCAACAACUCGAGGCUCUCCAGGCCCGCUACAUCGGUAUCGGAAGCGCAGACACUACCAAGCACGAAUGGACAUCCAACAUCGCGCGCGACUCGCUCUCGAGCUACGUCGGCCACCCGCCUCUUCUACAGUACAUGAGCAUCGGACUGGGACAGCCGCGCGAAAAGACUAGACUGCAGUUACUAGAGCGCAUGGUCAGGCCUGUCGGGCCUCCGCCUGAGGUGAGUAAUGGAAAUGUUGAGUUUUAG